GCACGUCUCUGUGUCACUGUUGCUCCAUGUCACACACCUUAGCACACACCAGACCACUUCUCUCAUGACUGGAAAACUCUCCUACGAUCACAUCCACCACUGAGUGUAAACUACACACUGACGAUAAUGUUACCCUGUUCAAAUGUUGCCGUGGUCCUCUGUCUCCUGCAGGUCCUCUGCAUUACUGCAGACAUAGACAGUGGCUCCUUCCUGAUCUUCAACGAGAACCACAACAAGUGCAUGAAGGUGGAGAGCGCCACGUCCAUAACGGUGGCCAUCUGUGACCCUCAUGCCAAAGAGCAGCAGUUUCGUUGGGCCUCCGAGUCGCGCGUCCUCAGCCUGUCCCUCAAGCUCUGUCUGGGGGCCACAGAGAUUAAAGACUGGGUGAAGGUGCUCCUCUUUGAAUGUGACGAGAACAGUGAACUCCAACAUUGGCAGUGCAAGAAUGAGACCCUCUUUGGCCUAAAAGACCAGGACCUGCACAUGAACUGGGGCAACCGCAAUGAGAGGAGCAUAAUGAUCUACAAAGGCUCAGGGCUCUGGAGUCGCUGGAGGAUAUUUGGCACCAAGGGUGACCUUUGCUCAAAGGGUUUUCAAGAGGUUUUCACGAUUGGGGGCAAUGCCUUUGGAGGCCCCUGUCAGUUCCCAUUUAAGUUCCAGGAGAAGUGGUACGCUGAAUGCACUAAGGACGGUCGCUCAGAUGGAGAGCUGUGGUGUGCGACAGAGAGAGACUAUGACAUAGCCAAGAAAUGGGGCUUUUGUCCCAGCGCAGCAUCCUCAGGUUGGGACACUGACCCGGUCACAGGAGUUAAGUAUCAGAGGAACGCACAGUCAGUGUUGACCUGGCAUCAGGCCAGGAAGAGCUGCCAGCAGCAGGGAGCUGACCUCCUCAGCAUCGUAGAGCUACACGAGCAGUCGUACAUUUCAGGGUUGACAAAUACUUUGGGAACAUCUCUGUGGAUUGGACUGAACAGCUUGGAUUUUGAGAGUGGAUGGCAGUGGAGCAACGGAAACCCAUUCAGAUAUUUAAACUGGGCUCCAGGUCAUCCCUCGUCAGAGCCCGGACUCACCUGUGCCAUCCUAAAUGCUGCAAAAGCCUCAAAAUGGGAGAGCAGCGUCUGCACCAAGAAACUUGGUUACAUUUGUCGCAAAGGAAACUCCACCAGUCUGCCGCCACCACCAAACAAAGACCAGCCCAGCUUCUGCCCCAGUCACUGGAUUCCGUAUGCAGGUAACUGUUACUACCUGCAGAGGAACAAAAAGAUGUGGAAGGAUGCUUUGGCUGGGUGCCACAAAGAGGGAGGAGAUUUGGCCAGCAUACACAAUAUAGAAGAGCAGAGCUUCGUCCUAUCUCAGUCUGGAUACUUGCCGACAGAUGUGCUCUGGAUUGGCUUGAAUGAUCUGAAGAACCAGAUGCUGUUUGAAUGGUCCGACCACUCCCACGUUACCUUCACCCAGUGGCAGACCAAUGAGCCAUCUCAUGCCACCAACUUGCAGGAAGACUGCGUUGUCAUCAGAGGAAAGGACGCGAGGUGGGCUGACCACAUGUGUGAGAAGACGUACGGAUACAUCUGUAAGAAGAAGGCCUCCACUAGACCAGCUGAAGGCGCCCAAGAGGAAGCCAACCCGGGCUGCAAGCUUGGCUCAAUCAGAUUUGGUUCUUAUUGUUACAACAUUGGAUCUGAGACAAAAACCUUUGAUGAGGCAAAGCGGACAUGCUCAGAGGCUGGUGCUUACGUGGUGGAUGUGGCUGAUAGAUAUGAGAAUGCGUUCUUGGUCAGUUUGGUGGGUUUGAGACCAGAGAAGUAUUUCUGGACCGGUUUAUCCAACACAGUCGACAUUAACACUUUCAAGUGGACCACCAGAAGAAAAGUCACGUUCACUCAUUUCAAUGUGGGCAUGCCAGACAGAAAACAGGGAUGCGUUGCCAUGACAACUGGGGUUGUCGCUGGAUUGUGGGAUGUUGUCAGCUGCAGCGACAAGGAGAAGUACAUCUGUAAGAAACCAGCAGAGGGUGUACAUGUGACAACAGUCCCGCCCACCACCCCGGCCUUGAGCUGCGAGUCCGGGUGGACCCCCGCCGCCAAGAGGAGUGUCUGCUACAAACUUUACAAGAAAUCUAAGCCCAAGAAGAAGAACUGGCCUGAAGCGCGGGAUUUCUGCAGGGCCAUUGGAGGGGACCUGAUGAGCAUACACAAUACGCAGGACCUGAACAACGCUCCGUUUCAUUCCACUGAUCCAGCCUGGAUUGGCCUCAGCCUUGGUACCAAUGCAGGUUUCGGAUGGUCCGAUGGGUCACCUUUCGGCUUUGAGAACUGGGGCUAUGGGGAACCAAACAACCACAAUGACAACGAACACUGUGCAGAAGUCCACUUUUACUACGGACGGCACUGGAAUGAUGUGCACUGUGAGGACUACAAGGACUGGAUAUGCCAGAUGGGCAAAGGUGUGACUCCCAAACCUGAGCCUGUCAUGGUUGAAACAGUGUACAACACCACCGAAGAUGGCUGGCUUCUAUACAAUGACACACAUUAUUUCAUCAACAAGGACAAUCUAGACAUGGAAUCUGCUAGAGCUGUCUGCAAAAAGAGCUUUGGUGAUCUUGCGGUCAUCACGGGAGAGAGUGAGAGGAAGUUCCUCUGGAAACUGAUAGUAAAGGGCAAUGAAGCACAAUACUUCAUCGGCAUGACCGUGAAUUUGGAUAAAUCAUUCAGCUGGGUGGAUGGGACACCUGUAACAUACACUUCAUGGGAACAUAAUGAGCCCAACUUUGCUAAUAAUGAUGAAAACUGUGUGUCUUUAUACAGGGCCAUGGGGCACUGGAAUGACAUUAACUGUGGUAUGGAGCUACCUUCCAUUUGCAAAAGAAGCAAUAAUUUUAUCAAUGCAACAAUGGCCCCAACCACUAUUCCUAAGGGAGGAUGUGCACCAGAGUGGCUCGCUUUCCAAGGAAAGUGCUACAAAAUAGUUGUGGGGGUUGACAAUAAGAACUGGCAGGAUGCCAGGAAGCACUGCAUAAACCAUGGAGGAAAUCUGGUUUCUAUCAUGAAGGAGAGAGAGCAAGCAUUCCUGACGAUGCAGAUGCUGAGAUACAAUGACAACUUCUGGAUCGGCAUGAACGACGUCAACUGGGAGAUGCGCUUUGUGUGGACGGAUGGCAAAGCCAUUUCAUACACCAACUGGGCAAAAGGGCAUCCAGUAUCCAUGCCUGAUGGACGUUAUUCAUUUGAUGAUGAGACAUUUGACUGUGUGAUCAUGGUAGGAAGCAACUCCAAAAUGACAGGAUUAUGGAAGGUGGAAGACUGUCACUCAAAACAUGGCUUCAUCUGCAAAAGAAACACUGAUUCUCAGAUUGCAGUCCCAGCCACAACUGUGUUACCAAAGGCUUUCUAUAAGCUUGGCAAUGACUCCUACAAACUGGUGGCCCAGAAGAUGAAAUGGGACGAGGCGAGGAGGCAGUGCCAAGCAGACGAUGCAGAUCUGACCAGUAUCCUGAACCCCGUCACCCAGGCAUACGUCAACUUGCAGAUUUCCAAGUACAAUGAGCCUGUGUGGAUCGGCCUCAACAGCAAUGAGACUGGUGGGCGGUUCAAGUGGGUCGAUAACUGGCUGCUGUUUUAUACCAAAUGGGGCACAAAUGAGCCUAAAAACAACUAUGCUUGUGUGUAUAUGGAUGUGGACAAAACAUGGAAGACUGCACCAUGUAGCAACACCUACUAUUCCCUUUGCAAGAGGUCACCAGUCAUAGCACCCACUGAGCCCCCACAACUCCCCGGCAACUGUCCAGAACCAAAGAAACAGAAAACCUGGAUACCUUUCAGAGGCCAUUGUUAUUCCUUCAUGAGCUCAGUGGUGAACAACUGGGCCCAUGCCUCAGUUGAAUGUCUGAAAAUGCGUGCCUCUCUGGUGAGUAUUGAGGACCCUCAGGAGAGUCUGUUCAUACAACAGAACCUGGAGCUUUUGCAGGACGGUGCCAAGUCCUUCUGGAUCGGCCUCUACAAGACUCAUGAAGGUGAGUGGAUGUGGAUCGAUAACAAUGUUGUGGACUACGUCAACUGGAAAACAAGGAUGCCAAAGUCAGAUUUCUGUGUGGGCAUCAACUCUGAAAGUGGACAGUGGAGCACAAACAGCUGCGGCAGAUACAAGUCUUACAUCUGCAAAACAGCCAAAGUUAUUACACCUACAGAAAAGCCACCAUCUGUUGCCCAAGUCGUUAAAGAAGCUUCUCACGGGUCUGCUGGCAUCACUGUCGCUGUAGUGCUCGUUGUAAUCGCCGUAGUUGGACUCGGUGCCUUCCUCCUCUUCCGUAAACGGAUACCCAUCCCCGUCCUGGGAGAAAGCACCUUUGACAACAAGUUAUACUUCAACAAUCCCAUCCGAGCCCUUGUAGACACCAAGGGUCUGGUGGCCAACAUAGAGCAGAAUGAACAAGCAUAGGAAGACAUGAGCUCAGUGGUAAUCAGCACUAUGAGGAUGAAUGAUUAUGGUUUCAUUCUUAAUUUUGGUUCACUUUACUGGUAACUGGAUCUCAACCAAACCCUGUAAUAUUUUUUCCAUUUAAAGAGUUCUGGAUCAAGGAUAAUGAUUCAUAAUUAUUUUAUAAUAAUUCAUACAAGCACUGGCAUUGCACUUAGUGAACUAGGAACAAGAUAAUAUGUGAAUGAUCCAUAACAAAUAUUACAUGAUUAUGUGAUUUGUUAAAUGUGUACAGUUUAUUUUUUAUUUUUACCAAUCAAGAUAAUCAAGAGCAUUUGAAGACCAAACACCAGUUAGGAAUCAUGACAGGUGAAGAUGUUUUAUUAGUACAAUUAUCAGAUUUUUCUCAACUGGGAUGCUUGUUAUUAUUCUCUGUGGGCUGCUCAUCAGUCUAUUUAUGCCUGACAACUUGUAAAUAGAUGCUCAAUAAAACAAAUAAAAAAACAAAAUUUAA